GCUGGGCUGGCGUUGUUAUUGAUGACAUAUCGCAAAAACAGCGCUCUUGUCUCGGUGCAGAAAUCCGUGCAAAAAGACCGUGCAAAGAUGGUCUUUAAGUGCCAAGAAGAUAGUUUUCUGCGAGAAUUCCGUACCAAGGUUGUUUCCUGCGAGAAUGCUGCUACAGGAGGCUUCAACGUUGUAUUUGAAGAUACAAUUCUUUUCCCCGAGGGUGGCGGACAACCUACGGAUCAGGGAACGGUGGCCGAUCGAAAAGUAACCUCGGUUACACGUAAGGGAGCGCUAGCAAUUCACUUUAUAGAAGAUGAUAGCAACAACGGUCCACCGUUUACUGCGGGAGAGGAAGUUGUCCAGCGGGUCGAUUGGUCCCGCCGGUUUGAUCAUAUGCAGCAACACUCCGGUCAGCAUCUCAUAACGGCUAUCUUUGACCGGGAGUUCAAGUACAACACGAAGUCGUGGUGGUUGGGAACGGAAAGCUCGUACAUAGAUCUCGACGCAAAGGACAUAAGCCGUGAGCAGCUGGACCGGGUCGAAAGCAUCUGCAACCAGCUGAUUGUCGAUUGCACACCCGUCGAGGUGAACGUGUAUGAACCGAACGACCCAGCACUAAAGUCCGAUGUUACCCGAGCAACCCGUGGCCUUCCGGAGGAUGUGUGUGGUCCUUUGCGGGUUGUGACUAUAGCCGGAAUCGAAAGUAACAUGUGCUGCGGAACUCACGUACGCAAUCUUAGCCAACUGCAAUCGAUCAAGCUGCUUAGCGUCGAGAAAGCAAAGGGCAAGUGUCUGGUACACUUCUUGGUGGGAGGUCGUGUGCUUCGAAAGCUGUCCGAAUGCUACGAUCGGGAGGUUCAGCUCAAUACGCUUUUAAAUGGCGGUCCUGCGUCUCACAUUGAGCUGGCGAAGAAGCUGCAAUCCAGCGUAAGAACUACGCAGCGCAUUGCCAAAAAGCUAACGACAGAAUUGGCCACCGCUGAAGCGGAAAAGCUGAAUGCAUUGCGAGACAGUGGCUCACCGAGAUACGUAUUGCUUCAUCGAAGUGACGGUCAGGAUUCGGAUUUUAUCAACACGUUCCUGCGCGUCGUCAAACUUCCUGAUUGCUUUUUCUUCCUCACCAAUGCCGACACGGACGGCAGUGGUAGGGGGCAGCUGGUACUGCAAGGCAGCCCGGACGAUGUUACCAAACUGGGGCCAGAAAUAUGUACCCUGCUGGAAGGCAAAGGCAAUGGGAAAGGUACACGCUAUAAUGCGAAAGUAAACAAGUUGAAAAAUCUACCGCAAUGCGAAAAACUAGUCCGGGAACAUUUUCCAACCACUGAUGAUGCCGCUGCUGUUGAGAAGUGAAAAGCGAAUUUGAGAGAUGCGUUACAAUGUAGCUUUUAUUAAAAUAAAAGCCGAAUACAAAACUUGAA